AUGACUGAAGUUAGUUGCUCAUUUCAAGAUUCGUAUUGUAUCGACGAUUCACUCAUCGCUUGCGAGAUUUGUUUCGAGCCUUUCAAUCACGAAAAUCGGCCACCAAAAUUGCUACCAUGUGGACACAAUUUUUGCGAAACUUGCAUUUUCAGCAUGUGCUGUCAUCAAGAGGUUUGUUAGUUUCUGAGCGUGGGAAUUUUGACAAAUCGGGAUGAAUAACAAUUUUUGAAAUGAAGACAAAAUUCAGUUCACGCAGAAAAUAUCUUUUUCUCUAAAUUUAACGAUUUUCCGAGUUUAACGCCAAAAAAUCAAGAAUUUCGCCUAAAACCAUCAAAAAAUCAACAGGGUACUGUACCUUUUAUCAAAUGUGUGCAAACACCGGUAGCUGCAUUUUAUUUGACGCGCACGUAUUUUUAAUUUUUCUCCUGUGCACAGAACGAAAAUCUAAUGUGUCUCUUUUCAGUACUACCUUCUCGACUCUAUAAAAUGUCCAACUUGUCGGCGAUCAUUUCCAACGAAUACAGCACGACAAGCACCAACAAAUUAUGAUCUUUGCAGUGAGUUUUACAUAUUUUUCACAAACACAGAAAAAAAAUGGUUUUUAUAGGGAUUCUUGAGAAUGUUCACAAGAAGAAGGAGCAAAAUGUCACGGUGAUUCAUUUGACGACACCGAGAAAAUCGCAAAUCGAAAAAGAGAAAAAAGAAAAGAAACCUCGAACAAUUGUGACUGCGAAAUGUAAAAACCUCGCGGAUAAAACCGAAGAAUCAAAGCAUCUUCGAUGUUCAGAAUGUCAGCGGAAGUUCAGUCAAAAGAAUCUAUUCCGAGUUGCAAGAUAUUGUGUAGAUUGUACAAGCACAAGUAGAAUGACUAUCGUUUGUCUGGAAUGUUGUGUAAAUCAACACAACGGACAUGAAUUGUAUUCGGAGGAUCAAUUGCAUCAUAAUCAAUUGAAAGUUUUAUCGGAACUUCGAGGAAUUCGCAGAAAAGUUGUUGAUUGUUCAGAAGGAUUUGAUAAACGAAGUGAAGAAUUAAGAGAUUCUGGAAAAGAUGUUUGUAUCAGUUUGACAUCGGAGAAACAGAAUUUAUUGAUUUAUACGUUGGCUUCGAUUGAUGAUGUUGUUCGAAGAAUUGAAAAUGCUCCAAUUAUGUUCCCACCAGUCUUACAGUAUGUUUUUUAUUUUAAUGUUUAUCUAAGGGUGUCAUCUGCCCCCAAAUAUUUUUAUUAGUCAUUAUUUAUAAUUGUUUUAAUGAAUGGGGUGAAGGAGAGAGAUAUAUAUAUAUAUUUAAGUUUGAAUAUUGAUUUAGGCUUGAAAAUUUUCAUGAGGGUCACAAAAAUGUUAAAAUUCCAAACUAAAAUUCGAUCAAUUUCCAGAACAAUUCGCGACGAACAAAUCCACAACUACCAACGUCUCUCAAAGUUGAGCAAAGUUCUCGAAAAUUCUGCAACAAGCCGAAAAAACACAAAACCUUCGAAAACAAUAAUGACAUCUUCCUCACCAUCAACAUCUGCUAAUAUUUCAACUUUAUCAAUUCGUCAAUCAAAAGUCUCUUUGAGAGGAGACGAUGUUCUAUUUCAUGAUUCAAUUGAUUCACUUUGCCGACUUAUUCCAAGUCAUCCAAUGUCUAUUCAACUCAAUUUUCAUCAUUCUACAGUAUCACCGAAAGAUACGGUAGAGGAGAGAAAACGAAAAAUUAUGUCGUGUGCGCAUGCGGCUUCUUGUAUGUUGGAUAGGUGAGUUACCUAGAUUUUCGAGAAAAAUGUGGUAUUACAAAUCCCGACUCGAUUCAAAAACUCCCAAAGUUACCUUCUCAAAAAUAUUAAUAAUAUUUCUGCAGCGAAACAACAUUAUCUAUGAUCCCACUAUUUGCUGAUGUUCUCCUCAACUGCUUCUAUCAACUCAAUAAAUUAUCAAAAAACAAAUUCGACGACAAAAAAAGUUGUCGACGAAUCGAUAUUUGGAAACAAAUUCAAAUCUCAUAUAGUGAACUCCUCAACAUUUCUGCCAAAAAUUUCCCAGCUUUUCAUCCGGAACGCGUUGAUAUUCUAGAUGAUCUCGCAUAUCUAUGCCAUCUUUAUUCCGAUGUUUGUGAUCAAGCUACAGUCACAAUUUGUAUUAUUGAAGCAGCUCGUGCGAGAUCAGCCGAUUCUUCAAGCUUAACUGAAAUGGAGCAAAGAAAAACUGAGGAGCGAUUGGAAUUAAUUGAUCAGCAUUUAACAGAGUGCAGAAGACAGCAAAAAUUAGCGGAACUUUGCAAGACAUCUAAAACAAAAAAGACAACUAAAACGCAUGGAAAAUUCAAAAGAUUAUUUGGAAGUUGCUUUAUGCCAAAAAGCAAAAAGUGA